AGAAGAAUUUUGAUUUCAGUUGAAAUAGGGGAGAGAAACAAAGAAAUAAGUAGAAAUAGAGAGCGAGAGAGAAAGAGAAACAGAACAAAAGCUGCGUAGAAGAUAUUUUGGUUGGUCGUUGUGUCUGAUGCGAUCCUUCUGCAAGUAUUUUAGGGUUCCGGCUACUUCGUUAUCUUACAGAAGUCCUGCAUAGAGAAAAGAAAUUUGUUAUUAUUGGGAUUGGCAGAUAUAUUUACAUCGACGUGGAUGGUAAAAAAAGUUGGAUCUUUUCGAUUUGAAGAUUGGUUUGGGGAGACGGAUUGCUUUGGGGCUUGAAAUUUCUAAUUGUGGUUGUGGAUCGGGGUUUCAAGUUAGGGUUUGCAAGAGACUUUAGAAAAGAAAAGGAGAUCAUUAUCUAAUUAUGCGAACUUCGUGGGCGGAUUCUGUCUCUGCAGCUGAGAAUACGGCUGCCGGAUCGUCGGCGAAUAACGGAGUUGGUAGCACUUCACGUUCUGCAAAAUCAUCUUACGUUCCUCCACAUCUCCGAAACCGGCCAUCGUCGUCUGACCCCCCUGCUCCUACUCCUGCUGCUGCUCCUGCUCUUGCCCCUGCUCCGGCACUUGCAUCCAGUGGUUCUUCCUUUAGCAAUGAUCGACCUGGUUAUGGUGCUGCUGUGGGUGGGAACCGUUGGGGUGGUCCAAGGUCUGAUCUAGGGCGGCCUGGCUACAGUGGUGGUGGUCGUGGUGGCGGUGGUGGUGGUUGGAACAACAGUCGUGGUGGAUGGGAUCGUGGAAGGGAACGAGAGGUAAAUCCUUUUGGAGAGGACGUUGACACUGAGCCAGAGUUUGCUGAGCAGGAGAACACUGGCAUUAACUUUGAUGCCUACGAAGAUAUUCCAGUGGAGACCAGUGGGGAAAAUGUGCCACCACCCGUGAACACUUUUGCAGAGAUUGACUUGGGCGAAGCUCUCAAUCAGAAUAUAAGGAGGUGCAAAUAUGUUAAACCAACCCCUGUGCAGCGACAUGCCAUUCCGAUUUCCCUUGCAGGGAGGGACUUGAUGGCUUGUGCACAGACUGGGUCUGGUAAGACAGCUGCUUUCUGCUUCCCAAUUAUCAGUGGAAUUAUGAACGGGCAGUUUUCCCAGAGACCGCGUGGAGCACGUACAGUGUACCCACUUGCUCUUAUUCUCUCACCCACAAGGGAGCUGUCCUGCCAGAUACACGAGGAAGCUAGGAAAUUUUCCUAUCAAACUGGUGUCAGGGUGGUCGUUGCUUAUGGAGGAGCACCCAUUAACCAGCAGCUGCGGGACUUGGAGAGGGGUGUUGAUAUUCUUGUGGCAACUCCUGGACGAUUAGUGGAUUUGUUGGAGAGGGCAAGAGUGUCACUACAAAUGAUCAGAUAUUUGGCUCUUGAUGAGGCUGAUCGAAUGUUAGAUAUGGGUUUUGAACCACAAAUUAGAAAGAUCGUGGAACAAAUGGACAUGCCUCAACGAGGUGACAGACAGACAAUGCUCUUCAGUGCUACUUUCCCAAAAGAAAUACAGAGAUUGGCCUCGGACUUCCUUUCUGGUUACAUUUUCUUAGCUGUUGGAAGGGUUGGUUCAAGUACUGAUUUGAUUGUCCAAAGAGUUGAAUUUGUUCAUGAGUCUGACAAGAGGAGCCACCUCAUGGACCUUCUUCAUGCACAGAGGGCGAAUGGAACUCAUGGCAAGCAAGCUCUGACUCUAGUUUUUGUGGAGACAAAGAAGGGAGCUGAUGCGUUGGAACACUGGUUAUGUAUAAAUGGUUUCCCAGCAACUACUAUUCAUGGUGAUAGAACACAACAGGAAAGAGAGCAUGCAUUGAGAUCAUUCAAGAGUGGUGUAACCCCAAUUCUGGUUGCAACUGAUGUGGCAGCACGUGGUCUUGAUAUACCUCAUGUUGCACAUGUAGUCAACUUUGAUCUUCCCAAUGACAUUGAUGAUUAUGUCCAUCGGAUAGGACGGACAGGGCGAGCGGGUAAGACAGGUUUGGCCACCGCCUUUUUCAAUGAAAACAAUGCCUCGAUGGCUAGGGCAUUAGCAGAUCUGAUGCAGGAGUCGAACCAAGAAGUACCUGCUUGGCUUUUACGUUAUGCAGCUCGGACUUCGUAUGGUGGUGGGAGGAAUCGGCGUUCUGGUGGAGGAGGCCGUUUUGGUGGCCGUGAUUUCCGUAGAGAUGCAUCAUUCAAUAGAGGUGGCGGUGGUGGUGGUGCAGAUUACUAUGGCGCAGGCAACAACAGUGGAUAUGGGGCUGCUUCUGGAGGUUACGGUGGUGGUGGUGGUGGAUAUUCGAGUGCAUGGGACUAGACUACUAGUAUUUACAGGACACUUUUUUUCUCAGAAUAUAGUUUUGACAUAAGGUUCAUACUUUUCUUAAUUUAUAGGUUUAAAGGGUAAUUCUUUUGUCUCAUCAGUGUUAUUGUAAGUCCCCUUCUGGUUGUUCUGCUGUUUUGAAUAGUUUUCCUAGGAAGAGGGGCUGUGGGGUCGGUACCAGUACCACCCUUCAAUGAGUUCACGCCAGGAGAAUUUGGGAAAUUUCUAAGUUGAGUAAGGUGAUGGUGGGGGGUUGGUAGUGAGAAACAUCUAACAAAUUUAGGGUCUUCUGUGUUUACGAAAAUUUUUUGUCCUUUAAAUUUUGGGUUGGUCAUGGGUUGUAGAAUAUGUAAUGAGAAGAGAGGGUAGGCUCCAUUUUUUGCGGUGUCUCUGAGGCAUGUUCUUUACAACCUAAUUUGAUGAGCGGUACUAGUGAUUGUCUAUGGUCAUCUGUCUUUGUAUUGAAUUUUCCAUUUUCUUCCUCGCUAAGACUUUACCCCUCUUUUCCUGGAGGGUUCUCCCAGCAUUGUAAUUUUCUGAGUGACUCAAAUAAAUACAGAGCACUUCCAGA